AUGGCGAGCUCGGAUGGGGCUUCGGUCGGCCGGACACUCGUUGAGUUCGCUCUACAAGGGAGCUUUCCAGAGGAAGAUAUCUCUUCGCGCCAUGUCGGCGCACAGGAUUUCGGCUCAGCUUUGGAAUCUCUCGCGGUUGCCAAGUCAGAACUAGAGUCUGAAAUACACACUAUCAACGAGGAAACAUCGGCCGACGUGCAAUCAUGGGUAACCAACGCAAAGGCUGUAGAAGACGACAUUAGCCGCUCGCGAACCUUAGCCAACGAAAUCAUACGGCGGGCCGAGGCACCAGAAGUCUCUGGACAAACCAUAAGAGAAGCAGAGGACAAGGUCCAAUUCCUCCAGCGCGAGACGAUCUACAAUCGUCAGGUCUACGAGGCCCUGACGAGCAUUCAACGUGUCAAUCAACUUUUGGACCAAGUCGAGAGUAUGCGGAAUGAACGCAGAGUUCUUGAAUCUCUCCAUCUACUAGAGAAAUCUUGGUCUGCUAUAGAUGAAAUACCCGCCAGCAAGUCUUGUCGCGUUAUGAGGAUAUUGAAUAUGCGUGCCUUUGAGCUCAAAUCGGCCGUCCAUGAUGUCUUCAACCAUGUGUGGAAUUCUCUUGUUCAGGUCAAUGUGGAAAAGGGACAAAUUACAAUCCAGCAGACCCAACAAGGCGAGCCAAUGAACCUAGAUGAAGCCUUGGUUGGCCUCAAAGCAUACAAGGAGGUCAAUCAAAGGAUGGCUCUCCUAUGGCACGGUCUGGACGAUGCCAUUGUCGGCCCGCGAACUAAUCUCAAGAACUCUACAUUGCCAGCAAUCGAGAUUCAUGAUUCCUCGCUCCUUCUGAAGGGACAGGCAGACCGCAGUAUUGCUGCAUUGUUCUCUGAUUUAGAACAAAUCAUGGGUUACCUUUCGCACCGGCUUCCAGACGAGCUGGUACAAGCACUUUCUAAUGUAAUGAUGCCGGAUCUUGUUCCCCGCAUCAAAUCAGUGUGGCUUGCUUCCGUGGUUCCAGCAUCGCUCAAGGAGAUAGACGAGUUCCAAGCCGUACUUGGCACAGUGAGGGCGUUCUGUGUGUCUCUGGGGAAGUUGAAUUAUACUGGCUACGAAGAGCUUCAGGAUUGGAUUGACAGUGCACCACGAGUCUGGCUUACCAAACGCAGAGAAACAGCUCUCGAUACGGUGAGGGCGAAGCUGGCUGAUGGCCUUGGUGAUCCCAAGGAGGUAGAACGCGUAGAGACGCAGACAGUCUCGCGUGUGGAGGGCGCCAAGCUGGCGGCAAAUGGCGCUCCAGCUGCCACUGACGAUGACGAUUGGGGCGCUGCAUGGGACGAUGGCACCGAUAAUCAGGAGAAAGACUCGACUGAAAUUCCCCCGACGAAUGCUGGCCAGGACGGCAACGAUGAGGAUGAGGGAGCAGAUGCAUGGGGAUGGGGCGAUGACGAUGCUACAGAGGAGCAGUCAACAACGGCACCAGCGCCAACGUCUUCAGUCCCGCAGCCACCUACAGAUGACGAUGGAGAUGACUGGGGUGCUUGGGGAGACGACACAGCCGGACAAGCGCCAGUACAGCCGGCAUCUCAACAACCUAACUCUCAACCUCAAACUCGCGAGAUGACUCUGCGAGAAACUUACAAAAUCUCUGCAAUGCCCGAACCUGUUUUAGCCCUGAUAGCUGCGAUACUGGAGGAUGGAGCUUUCUUGGUCUGCUCGGAAGGCAAUCCAGUUGCAGCAGCAGCGGCUGGACUCUACGGUUUACCUACAUUUGUUCUUGCCAUGUUCCGGGCUGUCUCGCCGUACUACUACGCCCUUGAUGCAUCUGGAGGCGGUAAUAUGUUUCUGUACAACGAUGCGACUUACCUGUCUGAACGCCUAGCUGAAGCAACAGCUACCUGGAAAGCCCGUGAGGAUCUUUCAGCACGUGCCAUCAACAUGCUGCGGCUAGACAAUGACAUCAAAAUGCUAAAGUCGUUUGCUGCUCGUGCCUAUUCUACGGAGAUGACUACUCAACGAACAAUAGUACGAGACCUUUUGGGCGGCGUACAAAACGUUCUUCAGCAGGACGGGGAUGCCUCCGACCUGAUCAUGCAAGUUGAGGCAGCGACUUCGAGAAUCCGUAGCGUUGCCGCAAUAUGGUCAGACAUUCUAUCAAAUUCGGCCUGGUGUCAAGCUGUUGGCUCCUUAGUGGACAGUUUGGCGGGCAAAAUCAUAGCGGAUGUGCUGGACCUGUCUGCUAUUGGACAAGACGAAGCAUUCAAUAUUGCAAAUUUGAUUGCAAAAAUCACCGAACUGGACGAUUUAUUCCUUCCUCCCGGUUCCAGUAACAGUGGAGUGCCGACCACGAGUCAAUACGCAGAGAACUGGCUGCGCCUUAAAUUCUUGUCCGAGUUCCUGCAAAGCAACUUGAACGAAGUCAAGUACCUGUGGAUGGAGAGCGAUUUGAGUCUUUACUUUACGGUUGACGAGGUCAUUGAUUUAAUUGGCCUCAGCUUUGCAGACAGCCCAAGAACCCGGGAAAUUACUAGGGAGAUAACAAGUAAUCCUCAGCCAAGAUCAUAG